CUUCCGGGAGGAGGUCUUAGGAAGGGACGGGUGGUGGCUGCGGGCGGGAGCCGCUGGAGGCGCGUCUGGGGGGCGAGAGGGGGAAUGGGUCGGAGCCUGAGGGCCUCGGAGAAGCCUGACAGCCCUCGGGGAAGCUGUGCGGCACCACUGCGCUUCGAGUUGGUGUGCGGUGUUGGUGAUGGGGGGCUUAGGUGCCAGAGUGGAAGGGGUGGCUGAAAACCUGAGAUGUGGGGUGGAGGGCAGAUCCACGGACGGUAAAGGGGUGAGGACCGUGACCUGGGUUCAGACCCCGUCAGCGUCGGUGAUUCGCUCUCCUUUAAUGUUGCCAGGACACUGCACUCUUGGCCUGCCCUCCCUCCCACCCAGGGUUUACCUUAUCGCUGGUUUAGGGAAGAGGGUGUGUGUCUUGAUUCCUUUUCUCCCAGAGUGGCAUUCCGAGGCAGGCGCUCUGAUGAAGUGAUAGGCCCAGAUCAGUGCUCUCCAGGGCGGUUAGAAGACCCUAUUUCUCUCCAGUUUGCUGGGUAUUGUUGGACGCAACCUUGUCAGCUGGAAAAAAAUAGUAACCCAAAGAUCGGCGCAUUGUGGAUUGAGCAGCCACUGGAGGCAGAGGACGAGGAGGAAAGAGUUUGCCGAAAGGAGGUGUUGCUUCUCCAGCCCUUGGACACCUGGCACCACCCACGGUGCCCAGCCAGGGGGGCAGUAGGGGCUCCCCGUCACAGCAGAGAAAGUGCUGGAAGCAUUGGAUUAUCAGCGUUGUUACGGGGAGACUGAGAAAUAGUGGCACGUGACUGUGUUUGCCCUUCCAGCGUCGUCAGGGAACUUUGUAAACAGAAAUCCGGGUGAAGUUGGUAGGAAUAAUAGAGGCACCAAGGUGUGCAGGGGUUUGAGCUGGAAGUAAUCCCCUGUGGAACAUUUCACCUUGGACUUGCUGGAAUCCAGCUGCUGACCUAAUGAGACUUCCAUGAAGAAGACUAGAAAACGUCAGGCUUUAGAGCUGCAGCAUGGCCGCCACUGCCCUGCCUGACUCAUUUGGAAAUGGCCUUGCAUGCUCUUGUCUAGUUGGGAUGGUGCACGCGUGAUUUUGCCGAGUAUAAAGGCCUCUUGCUGUCUCCAGGACACCAUGAAUGCCAUCGUCGCUCUCUGUCACUUCUGUGAGCUCCACGGCCCCCGCACUCUCUUUUGCACAGAAGUUCUGCAUGCCCCGCUUCCUCAAGGGGCUGGGAAUGGAGACAGCCCCGGCCAAGGCGAGCAGGCGGAGGAGGAGGAAGGUGGCAUUCAGAUGAGCAGUCGGAUCCGCGCCCACAGCCCGGCGGAAGGGGCCAGCGCGGAGUCCAGCAGCCCGGGGCCUAAGAAGUCGGACAUGUGCGAGGGCUGCCGGUCCCUUGCUGCAGGGCAUCCUGGGUAUAUCAGCCAUGAUAAAGAGACCUCGAUCAAAUACGUCAGUCACCAGCACCCCAACCACCCCCAGCUCUUCAGCAUUGUCCGCCAGGCCUGUGUGCGGAGCCUGAGCUGUGAGGUGUGCCCUGGCCGGGAAGGCCCCAUCUUCUUUGGGGAUGAGCAGCAUGGCUUCGUGUUCAGCCACACUUUCUUCAUCAAGGACAGCCUGGCCCGGGGCUUUCAGCGCUGGUACAGCAUCAUCGCCAUCAUGAUGGACCGGAUUUACCUCAUCAACUCCUGGCCCUUCCUGCUUGGCAAGAUCCGAGGGAUCAUUGAUGAACUGCAGGGCAAGGCUCUCAAGGUGUUCGAGGCCGAACAGUUCGGCUGCCCACAGCGCGCCCAGAGGAUGAACACGGCCUUCACGCCCUUCCUGCACCAGCGCAACGGCAACGCGGCUCGCUCGCUGACGUCCUUGACGAGCGACGACAACCUGUGGGCGUGCCUUCACACCUCCUUUGCUUGGCUCCUGAAGGCGUGUGGCAGCCGGCUGACAGAGAAGCUCCUGGAGGGCGCACCCACCGAGGACACCUUGGUCCAGAUGGAGAAGCUUGCUGACUUGGAAGAGGAAUCUGAAAGCUGGGACAACUCCGAGGCUGAAGAGGAGGAGAAAGCCCCUGUCUUGCCAGAGGGGGCAGGAGGGCGGGAGCUGACCAAGUGCCCGACAGAGUCUUCCUUGCUCUCAGACUGUGCAAACUGGCAGCCCCGCAAGUUGUCUGUCUUUAAGUCCCUUCGCCACAUGAGGCAGGUCCUGGGUGCUCCGUCUUUCCGCAUGUUGGCCUGGCAUGUUCUCAUGGGGAACCAAGUGAUCUGGAAGAGUAGAGACGCAGACCUCGUCCACUCAGCUUUUGAAGUUCUUCGGACAAUGCUGCCAGUGGGCUGUGUCCGAAUCAUCCCCUACAGCAGCCAGUAUGAGGAGGCCUACCGGUGCAACUUCCUGGGGCUCAGCCCGCAUGUGCAGAUCCCUUCCCACGUGCUGUCCUCAGAAUUCGCUGUCGUCGUGGAGGCCCAUACAGCACCUCGCUCCAGCCUCCACCCAGCCGGGUGCGAGGAUGACCAGUCCCUCAGCAAGUACGAGUUUGUUGUGACCAGCGGAAGUCCUGUCGCCGCAGACCGAGUUGGCCCCACCAUCCUGAAUAAGAUGGAAGCGGCAUUGACCAACCAGAACCUGUCCGUGGGUGUGGUGGACCAGUGCCUCGUCUGCCUCAAGGAAGAGUGGAUGAACAAAGUGAAGGUCCUUUUCAAAUUCACCAAGGUGGACAGUCGACCCAAAGAGGACACGCAGAAGCUCUUGAGUGUCCUCGGGGCGUCUGAGGAGGACAACGUCAGGCUCCUCAAGUUCUGGAUGACGGGCCUGAGCAAAACCUACAAGUCGCACCUCAUGUCCGCAGUCCGCAGCCCCACAGCCUCAGAGCCUCGUAAUUGACCCCACUGUGGGCGUCGGACCCCGUGCUCACCUCCUGAGAAGUGGGGGCGGCCGUCGUCGCCGCGGAACUGAGAGACGGGCCUCUGACGGCAGUCACAGCCUGUUCUUGUUUCUGAACUGCCGGCAUGGAGCUGUUUCCUAGCAAGGAGUGCAGACUGCUGGGGCUGAACUUUGCCUUCUGUGUGGGAUUUGGACCUGGUGUAGUUUUCGGCACCAUUCCACUAGCUGUUUGAAUUGCUCUAGCCCUGAAGAGGGCAGUGGGAGACUUGGGACAGUAGGUCCCCUGUGUUUGUGCACCCCUGGGAGAGAAGACUAAGGAGAGCACACGUCUUACGCCUCUCAAGGAUUUAGAUCUCAAAAUUCAUAGGAAAAACAUGUCAGGCCAGCCCCAACCUGGGUAUUUUGGCCACAGUAACAAACCUCUCUCAAAGGUAAUGUUUGAACUUCUCUAUUCUGAAAUUCAAGACUUUCAGGUUUUAUAUAUGAAUGCGUGUAUGUUUGCUACAGUUGUGAAUUUUCAGGACAUGUGCCGAUCCUUAGUCAUCGUAGUAAUCUGGUUUUGAGCUCUUGGAAUGGCCUUUGGGGGGAGUGGACAUUUCCUCAUCUUUGGGCCCUUUGGGAUUCAUGUUCUGGAACCAUGUGACUACACAGUCUUCUGGCCGUGCUCUCCUGGGAUUGCUUUGAUAUUUCCCUGUAGCUUCAGGACAGGCCCCUGAUGUUUUUUUACACAAAGAUGAUACUUUGCUGAAAUGUCAGAUGGAGCCAUUUGAUCUGCCUAACUCACUGGAUGUGGAGUUGAGAAACCCACCAUAGUUUUAUUCCAUAACACUUUGCCCUUUAUUGCUUCCUUAAACAUUGAGAUUUGGCGACAGGUAACAAUUUUCAGAGUAUGGUGAUUUAAGAUAGUUUCAUCAUCCCAGCGUGCACUUUUAAUAAGGGUUCUUGGCUUGGAGGGAUUUUUCCAGCAGUUUUGCUGAUUUGUUUAUAGUUUUUUUUGUGUUUGCUUAAUUUAUAUUUAACAUGGAAACUAAGUUUAUAUGACUAGGUAUCUAUCAUGCAAGAACAUUGAAACAAUAAAGAUGUAUUUUUAUAAA